CGAUCUCCAGGGAGAGCUUGUAAAAUCCAGCCAGUGGAUGCACUGAAACCCCCACUCUUUUGGACGUGCAAUACUGAAUUUGGUAAAGCAGUGUGUUCCUGCUGUGUUUGCCGCAGCUGAAAUGUGGCCGAGUUGUUGGAGGUCACCUUUCCAGUCCCCGUGGAGCCGGGUGGCCUUCUCUGGUCAUGGCUCUGCCCUGCGCUUUGGGUUCUGAGCUCAUCCGCUAUUUUGCCACUGGUCGGGAAGAAAAAAAAACAAAAAACAAACCUGUCUUCAAAGCCCUUUUCCCUUGGGGAAAAGCCAGCUUGGUCAGAAACGUCGGCGCAGAAAUGUCAUCUGACCCAGCAGCUGGCUCACGCCUCCCUCCCCGGGGGUCCUGCGGCGUCCCCUGCCCCUGUCCCAGUCCCGCCGCGGCUUCGCGCUGCCGGAGGAAGCGAGCCCGGGCGCUGCUUUUGGCAAGCUCUGGCCGCUCCCUUCCCCCCGCAGCCUUCACCACCCCCUCCAGCCUCCGCAGCUGCCUCUGCCCUUCAGCCGCUGAGCCCCGCUCGGGGUUUCGGGGGGCUCGGGGCCGGCGCUGGCCGCGGGCUCCAUCCCGCGCUUCCUGCCGGCCGCCAGCGCGCAGCAGCCGUGGAGAAGGACGCAGCCACCCUGUCUCCUGUUUCUGAGCAGCUGCUGACGUCUCAGCCCCACUGGAUCUGGCCGCACACAACGGUACCAUGAACUGAGCACGGAGCCACGCCAAACUCUUCUUUUUUGUUUUGGCUUUUUUGGGUUUGUUUUCGCCCGAGAUAAAAAGCCCCCUGCGCUCUUUGAUGCAAGCGUUUUGAAGCGGGGUCGCUUCUCCCCUCCCCUGAGCCGAAGUCGUCCCGGGUGCGGUGAGGAUUUCCGGACAAGAUGGGGAGAAAAAAGAUCCAGAUCCAGCGGAUCACGGAUGAGCGCAAUCGGCAGGUGACCUUCACCAAGCGCAAGUUCGGCUUGAUGAAGAAAGCCUACGAGCUGAGCGUCCUGUGCGACUGCGAGAUCGCCCUCAUCAUCUUCAACCACUCCAACAAGCUGUUCCAGUAUGCCAGCACCGACAUGGACAAGGUGCUGCUCAAGUACACGGAGUACAACGAGCCCCACGAGAGCCGGACCAAUGCAGACAUCAUCGAGACGUUAAGAAAGAAAGGUUUUAACGGCUGUGACAGCCCAGAGCCCGACGGCGACGACUCCAUAGACCAGAGCCCCUUGAUGGAGGAUAAGUACCGCAAAGGCAGCGAGGAUUUGGAUAUCCUGUUCAAGCGAUACGGUUCCACAGUGCCCGCUCCCAACUUCGCCAUGCCCGUGACGGUGCCGGUGACCAACCAGAACACGCUGCAGUUCAGUAACCCGGGCAGCUCGCUGGUGACCCAGUCCCUGGUGACCUCCUCGCUGACAGACCCCCGGCUCCUGUCGCCGCAGCAGCCGGCGCUGCAGAGGAACACAGUGUCCCCAGGGCUGCCACAGCGGCCGGCCAGUGCAGGGGCAAUGCUUGGGGGAGACCUGAACAACACGAACGGAGCCUGCCCAAGCCCCGUGGGAAAUGGCUACGUGAGUGCCAGAGCCUCUCCGGGUCUCCUUCCCGUGUCCAAUGGCAGCAGCCUGGGCAAGAUCAUCCCUGCCAAGUCGCCGCCGCCGCCGUCGCACGGCGCGCAGCUGGCCGCCAACAGCCGCAAGCCGGACCUGCGCGUCAUCACCUCGCAGAGCGGCAAGGGGCUCAUGCACCACCUGACCGAGGACCACUUGGCUCUGCAAAACACGCAGCGGCUGGGUGUCUCUCAAGCAACUCACUCUCUGACCACACCGGUUGUUUCCGUGGCCACUCCGAGUUUGCUGACACAGGGGCUGCCCUUCUCGGCCAUGCCCACAGCGUACAACACAGAUUAUCAGCUGACGAGCGCUGAGCUGUCCUCGCUGCCAGCGUUCAGCUCACCUGGAGGGCUGUCCCUUGGCAACAUCUCUGCCUGGCAGCAGCAGCAGCAGCAGCAACAGCAGCAGCAGCAGCAGCAGCAACAACAACAGCAGCAACAGCAGCAACAGCAACAACAGCAACAACAGCAGCAGCCACAGCAGCAGCCACAGCCACAGCAGCAGCACCUGGUCCCGGUGUCACUAGGAAACUUAAUACAAGGGAGCCACUUGUCCCACACCACCACUUUGACUGUCAACACCAACCCCAACAUCAGCAUCAAGUCGGAGCCCGUCUCGCCCAACCGGGAGAGGAACACUGCCACCCCGCUCAGCACCUUCCCCCACCAGCCCCGGCACGAGCCCACCGGCCGCUCGCCCGUCGACAGCCUCAGCAGCAACACCAGCUCCUACGAGGGCAGCAGUGAGCGGGAUGACCCCGCCCGCCCCGAUUUCGGCUCAUCCCUGGGCCUGCUGCGACCCGGCAGCGAGCCCGAGGGGGAGAGCCCCUCCGUAAAGCGCAUGCGGUUGGAUACCUGGGUCACAUAACGGGGCCCCGCCGUCCCUGGGAGCUCCAGCAGGGCCACGGGGAGGGGCUGGGAGGGGCGGGAGGG